AUGAGUCCACCAAAGGAUGUGGUGGCGGUGGGAACACCUGAUCCGGCUCGAGGGUCGGAUCAAGUUGAUGUUCAAGAGCUGAUCCGUGUAACGGAAAGGUUGCAAGGUGACCUGGCUCAUGAACGAUCUCAGCGUUAUGGGCUCGAGGAUCUUGUGAGGGGUAAUCAUAGUUCCCUAAUGCACGAUCGUUCGGACGAUCGUGCCGCUUUUGCGAUCGCGCAACUUAAGAACGAACGUCUGACUCGUUAUCUUCGUGAUGAGCUGGCUGCUGCUCGUCUAGACAUCGCUGAGUUGCGUGAACAGGUCGCUUCGCUAGUCGACUAG